AUGGAGGCACCUAAGACGCUGAAACAGCUUCAGUGCCUCAAUGGCAGGAUUACGGCCCUGAACCGGUUUGUCUCCAGAUCGACAGAUAAGUGCCUUCCUUUCUUCAAAGUCCUACGGAGGAAAGGGCCGUUUGAAUGGACAACGGAAUGCGAGCAAGCAUUUCAGCAGUUGAAAAGCUACCUCUGUUCGGCACCUUUGCUCGCCAAGCCCAUGCCGGGGGACAAGCUCCAGUUGUACUUGGCAGUGUCUGACAGCGCCGUCAGCUCGGCCCUAAUCAGGCAAGUGGAAGCGCGGCAAAACCCGGUCUACUACACAAGCAAGGCUAUGACUGAAGCCGAGACCAGAUACCCUCAAAUGGAAAAAACUGCGUUGAAAGGACAAGCAGUGGCAGAUUUUAUAGCCGAGCUCACACCAGCUUCCGAGCUGAGUGAGUCCGACCUACCGUGGACAGUCUAUGUCGACGGAUCCUCCAAUGAGAAGGGGUGCGGGGCCGGGGUCCUCUUGCUCGGACCAGGAGGMGAGCGAUUUGAGUAUGCCUUGCGGUUCAGCUUCCGGACUUCUAACAACRAGGCUGAGUAUGAAGCAGUUAUUGCCGGCCUGCGGAUCGCUAGAGCAUUGGGGGCCUCUUGUGUUAAGGUCUUCAGCRACUCCCAGCUGGUUGUGAGCCAGAUCAAGGAAGAGUACCAAGCCAAAGACUCUCGAAUGGAGAGGUAUUUAGACCACCUUAUCCCCCACGGUACCCUCGUUGAAGUCCCGAUCUCGUGCUCGUGCGGUGGAAGCAUAUUCCAGCACAAUAGCCGAUACACCGUCAGAGCUUCCGAUACGUAUUUCAGGAUCGCGAACGAAACGUACCAAGGGUUGACGACUUGUCAAGCAAUGACGGGACAGAACUAUUACGAGGGCGUGAUCCCAGAGGGGACAGAGGUGAUGGUGCCGGUGAGAUGCGCGUGCCCAACGGGGAACCAGACGAGGAACGGCGUGACUGCGUUGAGUGUUUAUAUGGUGGAGGUGGGAGAUACCAUAGACUCCAUUGCCAACACUUUUGGAGCUGAAAUACAGAGCUUGUUUGAAGCAAACCAGCUGCUGAAGAGUAGCAAAAUAUACCCUUUUACGCCUCUUUUGAUUCCAUUGGAUCAUGAGUGCUGCCAAGUGAAUUCUCGCUACUUCUUCUGCUCAAAAUCUUGUGAUUCCAAUCACCUCUCCAGCUGCGGAUCACCAGCCAAACUGUCAGUAACUCUAAUAGGUGUUGGAAGUGGGAUGGCAUUGUUGGUUUUAGUUCUUGUGGGGUGCAAAGUACAUCAAUGGAUGAAGAGAAGACAAGACAAGGUUUACAGAGGGAAGUUUUUCAGGAAAAACGGGGGCCUCUUGUUGUUGCAAAAGCUUAACGAAACUGGCCAGAAAGCAAAAAUAUUCACCGUGGAGGAAUUGGAGAGGGCGACGGAUAAUUAUAAUCAAAGUCGAUUUCUUGGUGAAGGAGGGUAUGGCACAGUUUAUAAAGGGAUGCUCCAAGAUGGUAUGAUAGUUGCGGUGAAGAGGUCUAAAAUAAUAGAGGGAAAAUAUAUGGAGCAAUUCGUUAACGAAGUUAUUAUCCUCUCUCAAAUUAAUCACAGGAAUAUUGUUAAGCUUCUUGGUUGUUGCUUAGAAACCGAGUUUCCUUUGCUGGUGUAUGAAUUUGUUCCGAAUGGCACGCUCUCCCACCACAUCCACAAAGAAAGCUUGGAGGACUCAUCAUGUCUUUCUUGGGAAAUACGUUUAAAGAUUGCUUGUGAAGUUGCGGGAGCUAUAACUUACAUGCACUCAACCACUUCAAUCCCUAUUUUUCAUCGCGACAUCAAGUCCUCUAACAUACUUUUAGAUGAUAAUUAUAGUGCAAAAGUUUCAGAUUUUGGAACAUCAAGAUUCGUGCCUUGCAAUCAAUCCCAUUUAACUACAAGUGUUCAAGGAACUUUUGGCUACAUGGAUCCGGAGUAUUUCAGGUCAAGUAAGUUCACCGAUAAAAGUGAUGUCUACAGCUUCGGAGUGCUGAUUGUGGAGCUUUUAACGGGAAAGCAACCAUUUUCCUUUGCUAGAGACGAGGGAAAGAAUUUACUUGAGCACUUCAUUUCAAUGGAUAAGGAAAAUCAAGUGACUAACCUUCUUGAUGAUGAAUUAGAUAGAGAAGAAAAUAUGGAUGUUAUUCUUUCUGUAGCAAAGAUUGCUACCAAAUGUUUGAGAUUGAAUGGAAAGAAGAGGCCUACAAUGAAACAAGUGCUUUUGGAAUUAGAAGGAUUGAGAAAAUCUCGAGAUAUUUGUUUGGAAAUUGUUGAAGAAUGUGAAUCACUGCGAUUAUUUUCCUUGCAAACCACAUGGAGCACUGGUGAACAAGAAGACAGCCCAACAUUAUCCUAUUUUGAAAUUGAAAGAAUAUAA